AUGAGACUCUACUUUUGCUUUCUCAUCGCCACGUCGUGCCUCUGGAUCCCGGUGAUUUUCAUCUCGACCCGGGCCAAAGUGGCUGUGUCGUUUGUCGCCAUCUUCUGCGAGCAGGUGUCGUUUUGCAUCGUGUUCCAUCCUCGCACGAAAAGGUGGUUGAAACUCACACAGUCAACGGCUUUGAACAUCGAGCACGAGGUCGAGCGGUUGGCCACGUUUGUCACCAUUGCUAUUGGCGAGUUCUUGUACAAGGUGGUGGCAUCGCUGCCCUUGGGCGUCGGAAUGACCACCGCUUUCGGAAGAGGCUGUUUCCUCUUGAUUAUUGCCUAUAAUCUUUUCUGGCUCUUCUUCAACGGCGGAACAUCGGAGAAGGCCAUCCAUCCGUUGCGCCACAGUGCUUUCCGGGCCAUUCUCUGGAUCUACGCCCAUCUCCCGCUUGUCGCCGCCAUUGUGCUAGCGGCAGAUGCUGGAGGCGACUUACUUACUCGUGAUCUGGUGUACCAUACGCUUGAGGAAGUGCAUCGGAGGGCAGAAGAGGAAGCGGAAGAGCCCAACCUCCGGGCCUUGUCGUUUUUCUUCACUGGAGGCAUCUUUGUUGCGCUUUCGUGUAUUUGUCUCAUUGGCCUUUUGGACGAGUGCAAGGACGAGUCCGGAAAAUACAUGGUGCCCAAGUUCUGGCGGAUUAUCUGGCGGUUCCCGGCGGGCAUUCUUAUCGUGUGCUUGUCUUUGCCAAACCUAGACCUCACGCUAUUAAUGGGGCUUGUUGCGUUGAUCACUGCUGUUCUUUUGGUUUACGAAUCGAUAGUGUCUACGCCGCAGAAGGUGAAAGAGUCUAGAUAUGCUGUUGAAAUAUGA